AAAAAAAAAAUUGAAUAAGGAUGAAAUCCGAUGUGGAAGAAUUGAUGCCAAGGCUCCUGCCCGUUGAGACAGGGGAGAGCGAUGAUUUCAAUCCAAACGAACCUCCACGAAACCCUCAGGAGUAUCUCAGACAGGUUCAGCUUGAGGCGUCGCUUUGUCCAGACGUCGUUGUGGCUCAGAUUGACCCCAAGAAAUUAAGGAAAAACAAACAAACAGUCAACGCGUCGGUCACAGGGUGCCAUGCUGCUCCAGAAGGCCUUUCUCCAAGCUUGGGAUGGCAGCGACUGCAAAUCAGCAACUUCUCAGAGAUUAGACAGAGCAUCAACAAGCAUAGAAGGCACUGGAGCUCCCAGUCACUAGAUGACAAUGUAAUAAUGCCCAAGCUGAAUGAUGAAGAAGGGUGGAAGAAGUUCUGCCUGGGGGAGAGGGUGUAUCUCAACUGCCCUCCCCCAGACAGGGAGGACUCUGACUUAGGCCUUGACUAUACCAAGAUGGGCUUCUCUCCGUUCCUGAGUAUAGUGAGCCGGCUAAAUCAGGCCACUAUCUCUGCAGUUCUGGAAUAUUUGAUCAACUGGUUUGAAGAAAGGGAGUUUGUCCCACAAUUGGGAAGAUGGCUUUAUGCUUUGCUGGCUUGUUUGGAGAAGCCCCUUCUUCCUGAGUCUCACUCCCUCAUACGACAGCUAGCAAGAAGAUGCUCUGAAGUCAGGGCCAGUCUGCAGAGCGUGGAGGAUGAGAGACUGUCAGCUCUUAACCUGAUGAUCUGUAUUGUUGCCAGGUAUUUUGAACAGAAUGACUUGGCUGAUCAGGAAUGAUCAGAAUGACCUGUCCAAAUUAGGGAAAUUGUGUCAGCUCAGAAAAUGGGGGAACAAUUCAACUUUUCUGUUACUUCAUCAUAAUUAUGCUUUCACUGUUAUGAAAUAAAGAUAUGUAUAAACACCACUGUGGACUAGUAUUUGAAAAUUUAGUCAAAUAAAAGUAACUGCAUCAAUGUUGUACAUUUUCAGUUACCAU